AUGCUGCCGCCGAUCAAUGGGGGGGAGAGGGAGGGCGUGGGGGGGGGAGCAGGAGGAGGAGGAGGAGGAGGAGGAGGAGGAGGCGGACAGUUGGUUGAGCCAGGUUUACUCUCACAAGCAGUGGCAGCAGUAGCAGUUGCUCUCAAGUUCCCAGUACCAAGCACAGCAGGGGAAGCACCGAGCCCUGAGCAAGCCGUUGCUGAAGCGACUGCUCUGCUGGUGGAGGGGCGAUUGGAGGAGGCAGCAGGGGCGAUGGAGAGAGGGGUGAAGGGAACACGGGCGGAGGGGGUGGUGAGGCAGUGGGGGGAGGAGGUGAGGGGAAGGGCGGCAGUGGAGCAGGCGGUUAGGGUGAUGCAGGCACAUGCAGGGUGCAUGGCAGCAGAGCUGCGUAGGGAGUGGGGGGAGGAGGUGAGGGGAAGGGCGGUAGUGGAGCAGGCUGUUAGGGUGAUGCAGGCACAUGCAGGGUGCAUGGCAGCAGAGCUGCGUAGGUGA